UUCUGCAGCUCUGAUCUUAUAUAGCAAGUAGCUGAGUUCUGCUACUGUUGUCGACAACAAUGGCCGAUGAUCACGAAAACCAGUUAAUAAAUGGGGCCCCAGAGCCAGCAGAAACAGCAUCAAAGAAAUCAGAAGAAAUCAAAAACGGCCAAGAAGCAGAUAGUACUUCUGGUAUUAAGAGCAAUAAGCAGGAGGAAGCAACCAAUACAGUACCAUUCUACAAGCUUUUCUCAUUUGCUGAUUCCAUGGAUUACAUGUUGAUGUCUGCUGGUACGAUCGGCGCAGUCGGAAAUGGAAUGGCUCUGCCUCUAAUGACCGUGAUCAUGGGAGAGGUGAUCAACUCCUUUGGAGGAGCUACCGAUACCGACAAUGUGGUUCGUCUUGUUUCCAAGGUAUCGCUGAAGUUCGUUUACUUGGCUGUAGGGGCUGCAGCUGCUGCAUUUUUACAAAUGUCUUGCUGGAUGGUCACUGGAGAAAGACAGGCUGCACGUAUAAGAAGUUUAUACUUGAAAACAAUAUUGAGGCAAGAUGUUGGCUAUUUCGAUAAAGAAGCCAACACUGGGGAAAUUGUUGGGAGAAUGUCAGGUGAUACUGUGCUCAUUCAAGAGGCCAUGGGGGAGAAAGUAGGAACAUUUAUCCAGUUAUUUGCAACAUUUAUUGGAGCCUAUAUUAUAGCAUUUGUCAAGGGAUGGCUCCUCACCCUUGUCAUGCUCACCUCUCUUCCCCCUCUUGUCUUCUCUGGUGCUGUCAUGGCUCUCACUAUAAGGGCAUUGGCAUCCCGCGGACAAGCUGCGUAUUCAGUUGGGGCAACUGUGGUAGAGCAGACAAUUGGUUCAAUAAAAACGGUUGCAUCAUUUACCGGGGAGAAGCAAGCGAUAACUAAGUACAAUAAUUCCUUAACUAAAGCUUACAAUUCUGGUGUGCAAGAGGGUUUAGCAUCAGGACUGGGUCUUGGUACAGUUAUCUUUACAAUAUUCUGCAGUUAUGCAUUGGCUAUCUGGUAUGGAGGCAAAAUGAUACUUGAAAAGGGGUACAAUGGAGGAGAUGUCAUUAAUGUGAUUUUUGCUGUGUUAACUGGCUCAUUCUGUCUUGGGCAAGCAUCUCCAUGUGUGAGUGCAUUUUCUGCUGGACAAGCUGCAGCUUAUAAGAUGUUUGAGACAAUUAACAGAAGGCCAGACAUAGAUGUGUAUGACACCAGAGGAUUAAACUCACAAGAGAUCCGUGGAGAUAUUGAACUGAAGGAUGUUUAUUUUAGUUAUCCAGCAAGACCGGAUGAGCAAAUAUUCCUCGGAUUUUCACUCUCGAUACCUAGUGGUACAACUGCUGCUUUGGUUGGACAAAGUGGAAGUGGUAAAUCAACUGUCGUUAGUUUGAUUGAGAGAUUUUACGACCCCCAGGCUGGCGAAAUUCUUAUUGAUGGGAUUAAUCUAAAGGAGUUUCAACUGAAAUGGAUCAGAGAAAAAAUAGGUCUUGUAAGUCAGGAACCAGUUUUGUUUACUGGUAGCAUUAAAGAUAACAUUGCAUAUGGAAAGGAUGGCGCCACAAUCGAAGAAAUGAGAGCUGCUGCUGAGCUAGCAAAUGCUGCUAAAUUCAUAGACAAACUACCUCAGGGACUAGAUACUAUGGUUGGUGAGCAUGGAACUCAGUUAUCUGGGGGUCAAAAGCAGAGAGUUGCUAUAGCCAGAGCAAUUCUGAAGAACCCGAGAAUUCUACUUUUGGAUGAAGCAACAAGUGCUCUUGAUGCAGAAUCUGAGAGAGUUGUGCAAGAGGCAUUAGACAGAAUUAUGGUAAACAGGACUACUGUCAUUGUUGCUCAUCGCUUGAGCACAGUGAGGAAUGCUGAUACCAUUGCAGUAAUACAUCGGGGAAAAAUUGUUGAAAAAGGACCACAUACUGAGCUAGUUAAGGAUCCGGAUGGUGCAUAUAGUCAACUUAUAAGGUUGCAAGAAAUGGGCAGUGUUUCAGAAUAUCAUGUUCAGGAAAAGGUAGAACUUUCCUCAAGUUUUCGGAAACAUUCUUCCUUCAAAUCCAUAAGUAGGCAGUCAUCAGAAAUUGGAAAUAGUAGUCGUCGAAGUCACUCAUUUUCAGUCUCACUUGGUGCUCCUACUGUGACUGGUAUCCAAGAAAUAGCACCUGCUGAACCUCAUAAUCCAGUUGCAUCAUCAGAAGUGCAUCCAGAAGUCCCACUUAGCCGCUUAGCUAACCUAAACAAAACGGAAAUUCCAGUUCUACUUCUAGGUGCCUUAGGUGCUGCAAUCUGUGGAGUAGUCUUUCCUGUCUUUGGGGUGCUAAUAUCCAGCAUCAUCAAGAGCUUCUUUGAUACACCUCAUCAGCUCCGAAAAGACUCCAAGUUUUGGGCAUUAAUAUUCGUUGUUAUUGGAGUGGUAGCUCUCUUGGCACAUCCAAUGAGAGCAUACUUUUUUGCUGUGGCAGGGUCUAGGUUAAUAAGACGAGUACGUUCAAUGUGCUUUGAGAAAGUUGUUUAUAUGGAAGCAAGUUGGUUUGAUCAAGCCGAGCACUCGAGUGGUGUAAUUGGUGCGAGGCUUUCAGGAGAUGCAGCUUCUCUGCGAGGGCUGGUUGGUGAUGCUCUCAGUUUGGCUGUUAUGAAUGCAUCAACUACAAUUGCUGGCUUGGUCAUUGCGUUUUUGGCUAGCUGGCAACUUGCUUUUAUCAUCCUUGUUAUGCUGCCUCUAUUAGCAAUAAGUGGGUAUUUCCAAAUUGAAGUCAUCAAAGGAUUAAGCGCGAAUGCAAAGAAAAUGUACGAAGAUGCAAGCCAAGUCGCAACUGAUGCUGUGGGGAGUAUUAGAACAAUUGCUUCAUUUUGUGCCGAGGAAAAGGUUAUUGAGUUGUACAAGACAAAAUGUGAAGGUCCUAUCAAGGUAGGGAUACGUCAAGGAGUAGUCAGUGGGAUAGGCUUUGGCGUAUCGUUCUUCUUGCUCUUUUCUGUAUAUGCAUGCAGUUUCUAUGCUGGCGCUCGACUUGUCGAAGCAGGCAAGACAACAUUUGAAGAUGUUUUCCGGGUUUUCUUUGCUCUUACUAUGACAGCUAUGGCGCUGUCUCAACAGGGUUCCAUGGCCCCCGACGCAAGUAAAGGAAAGAGCUCUGCUGCUUCCAUAUUUUCAAUUCUUGACGGGAAAUCAAAAAUAGAUGCUAGUGACAACUCUGGAGAAACUAUAGAAAAUUUGAAGGGAGAAAUUGAACUCCGCCAUGUUAGUUUCAAGUAUCCAAAUAGACCUAAUGUACCAAUCUUCCAGGAUCUGUGCUUGACCAUUCACCAUGGGAAGACGGUUGCACUGGUUGGAGAAAGUGGAAGUGGGAAAUCAACAGUGAUCUCAUUGCUGCAGAGAUUUUACGAUCCUGACUCAGGUCACAUUACGAUAGAUGGUAUCAAAAUACAGACAUUACAGCUGAAGUGGCUGAGGCAACAAAUGGGGCUGGUGAGCCAGGAGCCUGUGCUUUUCAAUGACACUAUCCGAGCCAACAUCGCAUACGGAAAGGAAGAGACUGCAACCGAAGCUGAAAUUAUAGCUGCAGCGGAAUUGGCAAACGCUCACAAGUUCAUAAGUAGUUUACAACAGGGGUAUGAUACACAAGUAGGAGAGCGAGGGGUCCAACUUUCCGGCGGACAGAAGCAAAGAAUUGCCAUUGCAAGAGCUAUAAUGAAGUCACCAAAGAUAUUACUACUAGAUGAAGCCACAAGUGCUCUUGAUGCUGAAUCCGAAAGAGUGGUUCAAGAUGCACUAGAUCGGGUUAUGGUGGAUCGAACUACUGUGGUGGUAGCCCAUCGGCUGUCGACAAUCAAGGGAGCCGAUCUGAUAGCUGUGGUGAAAAAUGGAGUCAUUGCAGAGAAAGGAAAGCAUGAGACUUUGAUCAAUAUCAAGGAUGGCACUUAUGCUUCACUGGUAGCAUUACAUGCAAGUGCCUCAUCGUAGAGAGCUUUCUUCUAUUUCUAAUUAAAUUCAAAUUUGUGUCGACCUGUUGUAUGAACUUGAUGUAAUCUUUUUGGUGAUCUCAAGUUCAAAGUUAUGUUUAAUUUUUUGUGUGGUA